AUGGCGGCGCGGAGAUCCUCCGCGGCCGGCCGGCUCGCCGUCCUCGCUCUGGCGGCGCUCGCGCUGCGGCAGCUGACCGCCGACGUCCACGCGGCGGCGGCACUGGCGGGGGCCGGCGUGGCGAUCGAGCUCACCUACGAAGGCUUCGGGGCUCCGGAGCUGCUCGUCAUCGCCCUGCCGUGGCUGAUCGCCAUCCCCGGGUUCACCCAGUGGCUCAUGGUCCAGCCGUUCAAGGACGAGGACGUCAAGGGCUACGGCACCCUUGGCAGGACGGUGGACGCCCCGGGCGAGGCGGGCUACUUCCGCCGCAGCCCUGAGUCUGGCUGA